GAAAAUUUAUCAUGCUUAAUCAUAAUUAAUACAAUAUGAUCUCAAUUAAUGGUUUGAAAAUGACUAAACAGUUUUUGCUUCUGUUUAAUUUAUAUAUUUCUAUGAUCGUAUUCCUAUAUAUAUCUCAAUGGUAAAUGCAUAUAACACGAUCACAAGUACUUGUAAAAAUUUCAAGUUUUAGAAAUGGCAUUCCUUAUUGGAGAACAAUCGGCUGAGCUUCUACAAGCUCAAGCUAAAUUUUGGAACCACGAAUAUAACUUCAUUUAUAUCGCAUCUCUCAAAUGUGUAACUCAACUAGGCAUACCGGAUAUCAUCUACAAACAUGGUAAACCAAUUACACUCCAACAGCUAGCUGAUGUACUCCCCAUCAACAAAGCAAAAGUUCAUGGUGUGUACCGCCUCAUUAGGGUUCUAGUCCAUUCAGGGUUCUUCACCAAGGAAAAAGUUUCCGAUGAUGUUGCCAAUAUGGGGUAUUGGCUUACACCGGCUUCUCGUCUCCUCAUCAAAGACCAGUCCUUGAGUAUGAUACCAGUUUUGGAGGCCAGUUUCUAUCCUACUUACUUGAAGCCAUGGCAUCAUAUGAGUGAAUGGUUUCAAAAUGACGACCUCUCUGCAUUUGAGACAGCCCAUGGAAGCACCUUAUGGGACUAUGCUAGUCACGACCCAAAGCUCAAUGAGUUUUUCAAUGAGCACAUGGUUAACGACACAGAGUUGUUGAGUAGGAUAGUUAUUAGAGAUUGCCAAAACGUCUUCGAUAAUAUGAAGUCUAUGGUGGAUGUUGGAGGAAACACGGGAUUUAUGGCCAAAGCUAUUGCAGACGCUUUCCCACACUUGCACUGUGCUGUGUUUGAUCUUCCACACGUUGUUGCAGGCUUGAAAGGUAGUAAAAACUUGACUUACAUCGAGGGAAACAUGUUUGAAUCAAUUCCUCAAGCAGAUGCAGUUAUGCUCAAGUGGAUAUUGCAUGACUGGAGUGACGAAGAGAGUCUGAAAAUAUUGAAGAAAUGCAAAGAAGCAAUCCCAAGCAAGGAGAAUGGAGGAAAAGUGAUCAUUGUUGAUAUGAUUGUACGAAACAACAAGGAAGACCAUCAACAGACUGAAACUCAGCUCUUCUAUGAUCUAUUGAUGAUGGUCUUGAUCAAUGGAAAAGAAAGAACUGAGAAAGAGUGGGAAGAACUUUUCUUUGAUGCUGGCUAUAGUGGCUACAAGAUUGCGUAUGAAUUAGGAUUGUGGUCUCUCAUUGAGGUUUAUCCUUGAUUAUCCAGUCUAUUAUAAUCAAGCAAAAACUUUUUUUUAUCUUAAAAUAUACCUUUGAGUUAUGUAAUUCACUUAAUUUGGAUGCUUGGUGCGAAAAUAAGCUGUCUUGGCAAGAUUUUCAUUUUUAUUUAUCUUGUACUUCUGUUUGAUGACAUGAACUAUUACUUCACUGCUUAAUAUG